AGGCACUUUGUUUCUCGUCGACAUGACGCGCACAGCUGGCUUGUCUCUCCCAGAUGCUUCCUUGGCCGUGCGCUUUGGUAUCUCUCAGAACCGGAAUGAUGGGCGAAUGUAAGUUUUGCGCUUCGCUUUUUUUAUUUGUCCUUUAGGCUUCGACUGGGACAUGCUAGGAGGAGGUUCUUGAGCGAUUUUUGUCGCGUUUGUCUGUAGUAAUUCCUCGCUGCAAUCUUGAAAACCGGAUAGAUCGUUGUUCUCUCUAUGAGUGCUUCUGACGUGGGGGCUGAGGGGAGUUCUGAAGAUGAUGACGUCGCGAUAGACACCGAGUCGAUCGAACUGAGUAGACAGUCGGAGACGGAUGACGGAUUGGAGUCGCUGAAGGAGAGUGAAGAAGAAGGUGCGGUUGUAUUACCCAAGUACAAGAUUUGUUUAGAAUGGAGAGACAUUUUCUUAGAGGUGAAACAGGGGGGGAAGAAGGGGUCUUCGGACCAGGGAAAGCGAGUUAUUUUGGACCACUUGAGUGGCACAAUUUUGCCAGGAGAGUUUUGGGCGAUCAUGGGUCCGACCGGGUGUGGGAAGACGACGCUGUUGAACGUUCUUUCGGGGAGGAAGGUUACGGAUGUGAAGGGUGAGAUUUUAGCGAAUGGGAAGGCGAGGGAUAAGAAUUGGAAGAGGCAGACGUCUUAUGUAAUGCAGGAUGACAUUUUGUUCCCAAUUUUUACGGUAUAUCAGACGUUGUUGUUUCAGGCGUCGAUUCGUCUUGGGAAGGACAUUUCGCACAAGGAGAAGAAGAGGAAGGUGGAGAGGUUGAUUGACAUGCUCAAGUUGACCAAGGCGCGCAAUACGGUGAUUGGGAAUCAGUUCAUUCGAGGGGUGUCUGGUGGAGAGCGGAAACGAGUCAGCAUUGGCGUUCAGUUGUUGACAGAGUCGGGAAUAAUUUUUUUGGAUGAGCCUACUUCUGGAUUGGACGCUACAUCUGCCUUUCAUAUAGUUAAAAUGCUGAAGUCACUUUCGAAUGAGGGGUAUGCGAUCGUCAUGACGAUUCACCAGCCGAGCAUCGACAUAUUCGAGUUGUUCGACAAGUUGCUUAUCCUGAUUGAUGGGCACGUCGUCUAUUCCGGGACGGCGCCUGGCUCCUACAGCUAUCUCUCUUCGAUCGAUAUGGAGUGUCCGGUGUCGCGCAACCCGGCGGAUUUCAUCAUGGAGGCGUUUGUGAUGAACUCUAUGCCAGCGAAUGCGAAGGAAGAUAACACGCGUAGCUACCUCAUCAACCGAUGGAAUGACCACGCGAAUACGCCCUCUUUCGUUCAGAGCGAUCGAGAGAGGGUCGAUGCCGUCAAGGCAUUUCUUCAGAGUGACCAGUCUCUUUCUCAAUUCAGGAAAUUUCCGCCUGGAUAUCGAAGCAUUUUUCUCGCCCUCGCCAAACGCUCUUUACAGAUGAGCAUGGGCUCUUAUUUCCUCCCGUUACCCAUCAUUCAAAUGCUGUUCAUAGCAAUCAUCUUCUCGCUCGUAUGGCUGCAGACACCGCAUGACGCCGCUAAUUUUAGAAACAGAACAGGUGCCAUUUUUUUCCUGAUCCUCUAUGCAGGCGGAUUCAGUCCACUGCUCAACGUUCUGUACUCUUUUCCGUCAGAGCAGCCCGUCAUCCUCAGAGAGCGUUCGGAGGGCGCGUAUCCGCUCUCCGCCUACUUCCUCGCGAAGAUAUUAUCAGACGCGCCUUUCGAACAGAUCUAUCCGCUCGGCUUUUUGCUUAUCAGCUAUUGGAUCGUCGGAUUCAACCCGAGAUUCACCAACUUUCUGCUUAUCUGGGUCAUUUUGAUCUUCCUCACCUGGUCCUCAUCCGGUCUCGGAUUGGUGGUGUCAUCGGCGGUCUACAAUCCCAGGUCUUCCACGACGCUCGCCACCAUCAUCCUGCUGAUCAUGAUCCUCACGUCUGGGUUCUACGUUGCCUUUCGUUCCAUCAAGGUUUGGAUAAGUUGGCUGGGGUACUUGUCCUACGUGAAGUACGCCUAUGAUGGCAUGAUUCUGGUGGAAAUAGGCGUCAAUACCGCUAUAGCGCAAUCGUCGACCACUCACUUUUUUGUUAGAAAUUAUGGCGCUGUGAUCGGCAUACUUCUUGGGUACAUCAUCUUUUUUAGAGUUCUGUCCUACUUCCUUCUGAAGUUUCUUUUCAAGGCGAAGACCUGAUUUUUCGUCGAACGCUUUUGGAGUCCUCGUUCAACGUUGGCGGGUCUGGUCCCUGACGCGCUCGUUGACGCGGUGGCGCUCUUCUUUUUUUUUUUUUUUUAAUAAAUUGGCGAUGGACUGUACUAUUCCCUCUUGGUGGUCUUUUUGGUUCGGAGGUGACUUUUUUUUUCGACCGGCGAGCAGAGGUGCGCAGACAAAAAAAAA